AUGCCUCCAGCGCCGUACCACUCCUUCAUCUUGCCCUACCGCAUACGCGUCGACGAAUUCACAUCAACAGAGAACCUGCCUGCCCCUUACACCCACCCCGCCCUUCACCUCCUGUCUCACGCACACGCGGACCACCUCGUCGGGCUCUCUGCUCCGUCCUUCGCACACAAGGUCAUAUGCUCCGUUGACACCAAAGCCAUCCUCCUCCGUUACGAAACCUAUGGCACCCGCUCGCUCUAUGACGAGGGCACCACCGCACAGCGCUCGCGCACAUUCAAGCACCUGCGCGUCCCACCCCGCGUCGCGCUCGACGGGACCACCGACUACUCCCACGCACGCGACCUGCUGCACGCGCUCCCGCUCAACACGCCCACCACCUUCGAAGCCGGCGGCGGCGAGGAGGUCCAGAUCACGCUUCUCGACGCGAACCACUGCCCGGGCGCUGUCAUGUUCCUCAUCGACGGCCCGCGCGGCGCGGUGCUGCACACGAGCGACCUCCGCGCCGAGCCGUGGUUCGUUAACAGCUUGACGAGGAAUCCAAUGCUGCAGCCUUUUAUCGCCGAUGCGCCGGGUCCUGAUGUGCAGAUUGGUGCGUGCAGGGCGCGGAAGGAGGCGCUCGCGGAGCGGGCGGGGACGAGCGCCAGCGAGGCGUUAGGUAUUAGAAGGACGUUGAGCGCGAUACAUCUGGACACGGCGUGCGUGUUUUCUGACAUUGUUGUCCCGACGAAGGAGAGAGCUGUGGCCGACCUUGUCUCGCUUAUAACUCUGUUUCCGGCAGAGACACAUUUCUUCAUCAACUCAUGGACCUUAGGCUACGAGGAUAUCCUCAAGGGAAUUUCGAGGGCUUUCAGAUGUCAGAUCCAUGUCGACCGUUACAAAUACGAGCUUUACGCGCACCUCUCCGCCGACCCCUUUCUCGCGCGCAUUUUAACUCGCGACGAGAAGUCAACCUGCUUCCACGCAUGUGAACGCUUUGCCCGGUGCUCCGAGGUAGACUGCGACUUUGAUGUGUCCUCUGCCGACGAAAUCGGCAAAAGCAACCAAACCGGAGAGAGGACCAGCGAAACGAAAGAGAAGACGAAGAAAUGGGACCAGUGGAUCGACAAGGAAACCGACCGCAGUGCAGAGUGGCGCGACGUGAGCCGCACAGGCAAGCGCGUCGUGUACAUCAACCCUGUGACGAUGAGCGCCGCGCGGUGGGACGCGUACCUGGUCGACGUGAAGAGAAAGAUCGGACUCGGAGAGCGGGUCAAGUGUCUGUUCGUCCCCCUAUCCCGACACUCGCCCUUGCCAGAGCUCUCGUCCUUCGUCUCGCUCUUCCGACCCCGCCGGCUCGUGCCCAAUACGCUUUUCCCCACGCUGAACGGGCUCGACGCGCGAGCGAUCCAGAAAAUGUUCGGGCCUGUGCUCGCCACGGACGCAUACAAGGACAUCACGCGCGACCCGGCCUUUUCCCAUCCCUCCGUGACCGCUCUCCUGGAAGAGGAAAAGGCGACGAAGGGAGUGUACAGAGAGGGGCAUCUCGAUGUCAACCCGGACGACCCGAGCCUGCGCGAUACGGCGGUGCAGAAUGUUGUAGGUGUCGACGAAGCGGCUGUGGAGACGUGGGCCGAAGCGGGAGGGACAAGGGGCAAGCUCGAGGUGUUGAUUGAUUGGGUGGACGCGAGCGAGCGGGAGGUGAUUCGGCGGGCGUUGGGGAAGGGGUGGCGGGUUAAGGAGAAGGAACGGGAACGGGAGAAGCAGGAGAGGGAGAGACGCGAGCGCGAGGGGCCUGUUACGCCUGGCCGACGAAAACCGCGGAGAGUGCGGGUACAGAGGAAAGAGACGCAGGGGAGCGACGAUACGGACGGCCAUGGGUCGUCGGACGAGGAUGAGCACGAGCGGAUAGCGAGGAAACUGUUCUUGCCGAGCGACGAUCCGAAUUUUCCACAGUCGAUGUCGGUCAGGUCGAGCUCUGCGCCACCGUCGCCGAACGCCUCGCCAAGACGGGCGGGGAUAACGCCGUCGUCGCCCCUCAAGCAUCUAUCGUCACCGCUCAAGCUACCUUUACCACCACUGAAGCCACCGGCGUCGCCGUCUCCGGUGAAAAAGCCGACAGCACCAAGGACGGUCGAUGAGGAUAUCACACCUAUGGCGACACCGAAGCCUGGGAGGGCUACUGCGACAGGGAUGAGCAGAGAAGGCAUCGCGAUGAUGACGCCUGUUUCGUCUCCACUCAGGCAGGCACGUGUCAAGGGGAAGGUUUACGACCCAAAGAGCCUCGCCCAGCCGUCUCCUGCAAUGUUGCUCUCCCCUUUUCUACAUCGCGCCCCUGCGUCGAAGACUGGUCCAGGAUCUGAUUCAGGUCCGAGGGACACCGACAUCUCUACGCAAUCUCUCGUGCGACUUCCCCAUCCUACCGCGUUGAUCCGUGCAGGUGCUCUCCUCGAUGUGCAGAAUGUAACCACAGACUCUCGGUUAGACAGCUCUACAAAUCCUAGCUCGCAGGGUUCUGAACCUCGGAAAGACCCUCGGGAUGAAAACGCAGGUUUGGGUACACCUGAAGAAUCUGUUGCCUUGAUGACACCGAAGUCGAGACCUAGGGGAAGCUGUGCAUCGGAUGCUGUGCUUGCUAAUGUACACCCGGUAUCUGGUGUACAUAACGCGAACGAUGCUUCGGCUGCCACACUUCGAGCCGCAUCUGGGAAGCAACGUUCCCCCAGCCCCUAUACGAAUCACCAAAGAACGAUGCAGCCCACCAAGCUAACCGACGCCUCUAUCUCGACCACCACAACUCCGGAACUGACACACCGAAAGCACACCCCACUCCCUGCUGCUCCUAGUCCCUCUAGGAUCCCAGCGACAGUCACUAGAAAGCGUAAACGUGACGAUACUCUCUUCUCGCCCGAGCCCGGAACGUCAGAGAGGCCCAGAAAGCUGCAAGCAGUCCCUGUACCUGAAACUUCAAGCAAUUGUACAGCGAUGCGAGCACAUAUAUCGACGGUGACCUCGGAACAUAAACAAGCUCGGCUCGAUACAGACAAGCAUAUUACCCAAAGCGGACCUAGCGUCCAUGUUCAAGCCCCUCUUCAAGCUUCGGUUUCAGCUUCCUCCAAGGUCUCCGAGUCCCCGACAAACCCGAUGGAAGCAAAACCAAACCCGAAUGUAGAGCAUCGCCCAGAAGUAGACUGCAGCAAAAGCGUCGCCGGGCAGUCGACUUCCAAGUCCGUCUCGAUGGACCGCCACGCGAUCGCGCAGCGACUGCGACAGGCAAGGCCCGAUCUCGCGCGCAAGGCAGACGAAGAGCGCACGGCGAAGCGAAAGAGGGCGAUCGAGCGUGAGCUCGCGCGGCGAUAUGAGCGCAGGGCUGCAGAGGCAGCAGCAGCAGCAAUGUCUGGACGAGAUGGCUCUGUUCAGGCUGUGCAGAGCUCAGUAGCUUCCGCGCGAGAGUCUCCAGACCCGGAGGCAGGGUAUGAAGACGUAAGAUCUACCACAACGACGACGCAAGGUUCGGUAGACUGGGAACGAAGCAAGAGGCUCGAGGGGCAUAUUAGGGAGGCGGUGCGCAAAGGUGCAAGGCCAGGGGAUGUCAUCCCCAAGCUGCUCGUCCUACUCUUCGUCGUAUUGACAGUCUUACGUGCCCCUAUCUCUCUGAAUCGGAAGCUGUCAUUCCGAAUCGCACACGCUGCACAAGACUACAUUUCUCAAUCCAACAUGACCGAAGUUGGACCUGACCCGGAAAGCUUCGAAGGAAGGGACUUCGGGCUUAUCGGCGAUUACGGCGUCUAUCUGGCAAAUAUCGCUUUGACAGGCCUCAUCCUCGUGCUUGCAUUCUUCGACCUGGAACUAAUCGCGAGGCAGGUUUACGGCGUAGUGUUCAUCUCCGUCGACAUAGCAUCGUAUGCGUGCUGCGUGUUCACGAUGUUCUCCGUUGCGUCGUUUGCGAUGUGCUUACUCAGCUUCGAGUCGUGUGAUCAUCAGCAUGCGGCUUAUAGCGCGAGGCUCGCGGGUCAGACUCGCCAACUAGCUGGCGAGUCUGACUCGGGAGCAACGGAGGCUUCUCCGCUUCUUGGUAUAGGACGAUAUAACGCGAAAAUCUCCCGGGCUGUAUACUGGAUGACCGCAAUCAUCCUUGGCAUCCUCAUCUUCUCUCUCAUCGCGAUGCCCUUUAUUGCCGUCAGCGCCGCGAGGCGCAAAUACUACAUAGAUAGUGGCGAGAUGGAUCGCAUCCGUGCGGGAUGGGAAAAGGAGGUGGUCGAACGCGAGCACGAGCGUCUUGGUAUGAGUCUCUUCUGGGAUAACCCCUAUACCGAGGGCUGCGUUCGCUACAAGAAGAGGCAGUAUCGUGCGAGGCUCGUCAACGUGAAGGCUUGUUAUGAUUACCCCAUAGAGGCAUGCAUGAGAACUCCGCUUUCAAUCAACGGCGAGGAGAAAACCCCGCUAAGGUGCGAGGAUAAGGGUAUCGACGACCUGUAUGGUAUUUGGGAGGAAGAUGGGGAGGGGUAUUGCACGACUUCCUUCGAGCAGUUUCAGCCUAUGGACUGCACGGCAUGGGGUUCAGGACUUAAGCGCUAUCGAAUGACCAUGGUGGGUCUCAAUCCCGGGGACAACUGGAAGGACAUGUGCUCCUCGACUCCUGUACGAUUUGUUAACCAGGACUUUGACGGCCCUACUUACUGCGACCAGCAGGAUGGGAAUAAUUACGGGUAUUGGGCGGUACAAGACGAGUACUGCGUAGCAUACUAG